GAUGAAUUCAUUGGCUGUGGAAUUUGGACCCGAGGGGAAUCUGGCCCUCGAAGGCUUAAACUUGCACCUUAAAGCUCCUUCUCAGGAGGACUGACAGUUCGACAGAUUUGUCAGGCGGGCACAUUCUGAGUGCAGGAGAGUGAAUUAGUUCCUAAUAAUGGGAAGAACCUACAUUGUAGAAGAGACUGUUGGCCAGUAUCUUUCAAACAUAAAUCUUCAAGGAAAGGCUUUUGUCUCUGGUCUUUUAAUUGGGCAGUGUUCUUCAAAAAAGGAUUAUGUCAUUCUUGCCACUAGAACACCACCCAAAGAGGAACAAAACGAGAACCUCACACAUCAACAAAAAGCUAAGUUGAAUAACUUGGAUGAAGAAUGGGCCACAGAACAUGCCAACCAGGUGUCCAGAAUGCUACCAGGGGGACUUUUAGUUCUUGGAGUAUUUAUCAUUACAACUUUAGAAAUGGGAAAUGAUUUUCAGAAUGCCCUGCAUAGACUAGUAUUUGCUAUGGAAAAAUCUAUGAAUAAAAGGAGAUUGUGGAAUUUCACAGAAGAGGAGAUCUCAGAACGAGUGACACUUCACAUUUGUUCUUCUACAAAAAAAAUAUUUUGUCGAACUUAUGAUAUCCAUGAUCCAAAGAGUUCAGCAAAACCAGCAGAUUGGAAGUAUCAAAAUGGACUAUCAACUUCAUGGCUUUCAUUAGAGUGCACAGUUCAUAUUAAUAUUCACAUCCCACUGUCUACCACUUCUGUCAGCUAUACUCUGGAGAAAAAUACAAAGAAUGGACUUGCACGCUGGGCUAAGCAAAUAGAAAAUGGCAUUUAUUUGAUUAAUGGACAAGUUAAAGAUGAAGAUUGUGAUCUAUUAGAAGGACAGAAAAAAUCUUCUAGAGGAAAUGUUCAAGCAACUAGUCAUUCUUUUGAUGUCAAAGUGCUAACACAGUUGAUUUUGUCUUUCAGCUUCUGAAUUCGGGACCGCAGAUCCACAGCCACAGUCCAGAUCUGCAGUGGCUCUGUAAACCUUAAGGGUGCUGUGAAAUGCAGAGCCUAUAUUCAUAGCAAUAAACCCAAGGUUAAAGAUGCUGUGCAGGCAAUGAAGAGAGAUAUAUUGAAUACAGUUGCAGAUCGUUGUGAAAUGCUAUUUGAAGAUCUGCUUUUGAAUGAAAUUCCAGAAAAAAAAGAUUCUGAAAAAGAGUUUCAUAUCCUCCCUCACCGAGUUUUCGUCCCCAUUCCGGGAUCCACUGUAAUGUUAUGUGAUUAUAAAUUUGGUGAUGAGUCAGCUGAAGAAAUAAGAGACCAUUUUAUAGAGAUGUUAGAUCAUAUGAUUCAAAUAGAAGAUUUGGAAAUUGCAGAGGAAAUAAACACAGCUUGUAUGAGUUACUUUAUGAAUACUGAAGCUUCAUUGGACAACACAGAUGAUGAACAACCAAAGCAACCAAUUAAAACUACAGUAAUAUUGAAAAUUCAGCAAAACAUAGGUGUGAUUGCAGCAGUUGCGGUUGCAGUCCUUGCUGCGGGUAUCUCCUUUCAUUACUUCAGUGAUUAGGGUGAGACACAGCUUCCUGAUCUUCCAGAGAACACUGAGCAACCAUUAUGAAUAAAAGACGCAAACAGUCCAUCUGCAUUUAAGACCAGAGCAGCCAUCUCUGCUGCCAUUAUGCCUAUUAUGUUUCUGACUAAAAUGAAAUCACCAGCUGCCUUGUUUAGCCUUGCUUAUGUUAUAGAUGGCUCAGGCUUCCAAAAAUAAAGUUGUGUAUGUAGAUGGAAGUUGCAUGUAACAAAUCCUUAUUAUCUAUUUUUAAAAAUGUUCAAAAUGAUGGUUUAUUUUCAUAGAUUUUAGUCCUGUUGAUCUGGAUCACAUAUUGAUCAGGAUAUUGAAAAUUUGAAUAGUCAGAGUUGACUGAAUAUCUUAGUAAUAGAAUAACUGGAGAAAUUUCUACAAGGUGGGGCAACAGUCUGUUGGGUAAGUUCAUACUCUAGGACCUUUCUUUAUAUUUUUGAUGGCACAACAAGAAGUUUUAUUCUAUUGAUAGAAAAAAAAUAACCUGCAAUUAAUAGUUCUACCACAGCAAUUAACAGCAUGUAAAAAGAAAUGUCUCUUUUAAAACAUUAGAAGGAAAAAUGCUCUGCAUUUUUUUAAAUUUUAUUUUAUUAUUUUAUGUUAAUCACAGUACAUUACAUCAUUAGUUUUUGUUGUAAUGUUCCAUGAUUCAUUGUU